AUGCGCCAAGCGCAGAUCCGCUUCCGAUUAUAUAGAUCGACCAUCCCUCAACAAGUAUCUAUGUAUGUACCAGCACAAUUAACGAUCACUGCGAUUAUUGAUGACAACUCAGGCUCCCUUGCCCAAACCCAAAUUGGACAGACGUGUGUCACUAAUAGCGUCUGCUAUCAGCUGAAUAUCCCGGAGGCCACAGCCCAGAAUGAUAACGGCAACAUUUUCCUGUCCCUUAGCGGGCCGACAACACACAGCUGGAUUGGCCUUGGAAUUGGCUCAAGCAUGACGAACUCUGACAUGUUUAUUAUGUAUACCAACGGCAAUGGGAAUGUAACGCUAUCACCGCGCUUCUCCCGGGGAGAGGUACAACCGCAGUUCAGCGCAGACCUUGAUGUCGAGCUACUUAGCGGUUCUGGAGUCGAGAAUGGCGUAAUGACGGCAAACAUUCGAUGCGGCAACUGCGCGCAGCGUGCAUCUGGAAACUUCGGUGCACAGAGUGGACAGUGGAUACACGCAAGGCAUAACGGAGCUGCCCUGGAUACAACAGAUGUCCGCGCCAACAUCGCUCAACAUGAUGUUUACGACAGCUUUACAUGGUCAUACUCCAAUGCAGUAGGGGGCGCAAGCGCAAACCCUUUUGCAGCUUCGGAUACCGUCGUUUCUGGCCCCACUGCUCCUAUCUCAAGCACCAGCAGAACCAUGCGCAGCAACAUCUUGUUGGUACAUGGUAUCUUCGCCUCUCUCGCUUUCUUGGUAUUCUUUCCUGCUGGAGCCAUCGUCAUACGCCUGGGCAGAUUCAACAACACUUUGAAGGUCCACAUUGCCUUCCAGAUCCUCUCUUGGCUACUGUUCAUUACAGCCUUCGGACUUGGUCUCUACUAUGGCAUCACUGGCAACUACAUGACUGAGGCACACCCCAUCAUUGGCAUUGUUCUGGUAGCAAUGGUAAUCUUUCAGCCCUUUGCAGGUUGGCUUCACCACAAACAGUUCGUGCGCAGUGGUCAGCGUAGUGCUGCUUCUUAUGGCCACAUUUGGAUUGGCCGAGUAGCGAUCAUUCUCGGGAUGAUCAACGGAGGACUUGGUCUAGAGCUGGGAGGAGUCGAAACGCGGUAUAUCAUUGCAUACAGCGUGGUUGCAGGCGUCAUGGGCCUAGUAUACAUUGUGUCGAUCGUGUAUGGAGAGCACGCCAGAAGUCGCCGAACAAGUGUUGCUGCAAGUGGGCACGAGAAGGUGAAUCUGUCUGCUGAGCGAUCUUCUGACAGUGCAUGA